UCUGUUCCUUUCUGCCUUUACAGGUUGAGGAACCGGAUCCCUCCCCCACUCUCUCUAACAAUCCCCUCCUCCGCUUCCCUCUGCUCGGCCGUUCUCCCGCCGUCUCCGCGACCCCAACUCGCCUGCGGCCCCAUCGGAUUUGUUGUGUCGAUGGCGGAACUGGUGGGGCCGCGCGUGUACAGCUGCUGCAACUGCCGGAACCACGUUUGCCUCCACGACGACAUCAUCUCCAAGGCCUUUCAGGGGAGGAACGGCCGUGCCUUUCUGUUCUCUCAUGCCAUGAAUGUAGUUAUGGGGGCGAAGGAGGAUAGGCAACUUAUGACAGGACUACACACGGUUGCUGAUAUCUACUGCAAUGACUGCCAAGAGGUGCUGGGCUGGAAGUACGAGAGAGCAUACGAAGAGACACAAAAGUACAAGGAAGGGAAGUUCAUAUUUGAGAAGUCAAAGAUUGUCAAGAGAACUGGUAGUAUCCAAGAUUAGGCACAACAAAAUUUCUGCUGAAGAUGAAAUAUUCAUUGUUACAUUAUUGUUAGUGUGUUAUGGUUGUUUACGUCUUUGUAAAUAGCUGUCUUCCAUGGGUUCCAAUCUUAAGGCUUCGUCUUCUUGCCUUAGUGACAUCUGUAAAGAACACUUGUUCCUGUUCUUUUAUGUGAAUAAGAUGAGCCCUAUGGCUAUUUGUUCUGGAA